AUGUCGGAGAAGGCUGGCAGUCGUAAAGGGGGCCUUAAAACCAUGCCUUUCAUCAUAGCAAAUGAAGCACUGGAGAAGAUUGCAGCUUAUGGGCUUCAGCCAAACAUGAUUUUGUACCUAAUAACUUCAUAUAAUUUCAGUGCUGCUGGUGGAACAAACCUUAUGUUCAUUUGGGGAGCCAUCUCCAACUUCUUGCCUAUUCUUGGAGCUUUUCUUUCCGACUCCUACUUGGGCCGAUUCUUGGUUAUUGCUAUCGCGACUCCCACUACGCUUCUGGGUUUGAUUGCCCUUUGGCUAACAGCCAUAAUACAAGAGUUAAGACCAGCAGCAUGUGAUCCAAGAUUAGGGAAAUGUUCGAACCCAAAUGCAGGCCAAUUAGCAUUUCUUUACAUGUCUUUCAUCCUCAUGUCGAUCGGCGCCGGCGGAAUCAGGCCGUGCUCCAUGGCUUUCGGGGCAGACCAAUUCAACAACCCCAAAAACCCUAAUAACCAGAGGAUUCUCGACAGUUUUUUCAACUGGUAUUAUGCCUCUGUGGGUGUCUCCCUCAUGUUUGCAGUCACCAUUAUAGUAUACAUCCAGAACAAAUACAAAUGGAUCGUUGGAUUCGGCGUGCCUGUCGGGCUCAUGUUCGUUUCGACAAUCGCCUUCUUCCUCGGAUCCAAGCUUUAUGUUAAGAUUAAGCCCAAUAGGAGUCUUCUGACAGGCCUGGUGCAGGUUGUUGUGGCGGCAUGGAGGAAUCGCCGCCGUGAGCUUAUGCUGCCUGAGGAUUCGGACCGGCAACUUUAUUACCAUACAAAGGGUUCGAAGCAUGUGGUGCCUACGAACAAACUGAGUUUCUUGAAUAAAGCUUGCAUGUUACAAAACCCGGAAAAGGAUCUAAACCCCGAUGGAUCGCCAACAAAUCCAUGGAGGCUGUGCAGUGUGCAGCAAGUAGAAGUCCUAAAAUCUGUGAUAGAACUAAUACCAAUGUGGUCUACCGGAAUAAUCAUCGGAGUGACCAUAAGCCAGCAAGGCUUCCCAGUUCUUCAAGCUGCCACCAUGGACCGCCAUCUUGCCGGCGAUUUCAAAAUUCCUCCGGGAUCAUUUGGCCUUUUUGGAAUCACGACGCUCACCAUUUGGGUUGUCUUAUAUGAUCGCAUCGUCGUGCCAUAUCUCUCCAAGAAUUCGCAAGGCAUCGGCGUAAAGGCCCGUGUAGGGACCGGGCUUUUCAUUUCUUGCUUGGCCACCGCCACGGCUGCCUUGGUGGAGAGGAAGAGGAGGACGGCGGCAAUCCACCAGGGUUUGGCUGAUACCCCUAAGGCACAGGUGGACAUGUCGGCAAUGUGGCUAAUACCACAACACUGCCUCGUCGGACUUGGCGAGGCUUUCAACGCCAUAGCCCAAAUCGAGCUUUAUUAUUCUCAAUUUCCAAAGAGUAUGGCGAGCAUUGCCGUGGCUCUCUUCACGCUCGGCCUUGGCGUGGCAAACCUAUUGGGAAGCCUCAUAGUCACCAUAAUUGACACAGCUUCGAAACGUGGAGGGAAAGUGAGCUGGGUUUCGACAAAUUUGAACAAGGGACAUUACGACUACUAUUAUUGGGUUCUCACCAUUCUUAGCGUCGCCAAUUUCAUCUACUUCAACUUGAUUGCCUGCAAGUUUUACAAGUGCUGCGAAGAAGACAAAGUUUGGGAUGAAGAUGAAGAUCAUGAAGAUGUUGGAAAGAUUGAGGUUCAAAAAUCGGUGGAUUCUUCUUCCUCCAUGUAUUUAUCUGCAUGA